GUCCAGCCUUAAAUGUUCCCAUCAAUUGAAAAAGAGCUUUGAUAGCUUCAAAGUCGCGACUUGCAUAUCUCACAAUCUUUCAGCCCUGCAUUCGGCCAAACAUUGAUUCUUUCUCCAAUCUACAAUUUACUUCCACCAGCGCCGUCCCCGAAAGAUGCCUAAAAGACAGGCCUCCGAGGCUUUGGAGGAGCUUGAUGUUGGUUCGCCUGCAUCGAAACGGUCGCGGUUUGAUGAUGGCCUAGAAUUAAAUGGCGAUGGCGCGUUGGCUUCAAACGAGAGACUCGACGACACCCCUAUGACCGGAGAGGCCGACGAUGAUGAAUUCGAAGAUGAGCCUUCAAAGGCGCCGAUACGACAGUCUGCGCCUACAGCAGGGUACGACGACCUAUAUCUGGAUACGAUCGAUCGCAACGUGCUCGACUUUGACUUCGAGAAGCUAUGUUCCAUCAGCCUGUCCAACAUAAAUGUCUAUGCAUGUCUGGUCUGCGGGAAAUACUUCCAGGGCCGAGGUCCAAAGUCGCAUGCGUAUUUUCACUCUCUCGAAGUCGGACAUCACGUAUUUAUCAACAUGGAGACCCAGAAAGUCUACGUGUUACCAGAAGGCUACGAAGUGAAGAGCAAAUCCUUGGACGAUAUAAAAUACGUAUCCGAUCCGAGAUACACGAGACAAGAAGUAAUGGAGCUGGAUCGCAAGGCUCGGACCGCGUGGACAUUAGAUGGAAAAGAGUAUACACCUGGCUUUGUGGGUAUGAACAAUAUCAAGGAGAACGACUAUCUCAAUGUCGUAGUUCAGGCGCUAUCUCACGUUUCGCCCCUACGGAACUAUUUCCUACUAGAAGAUCUGUCGUCGCGCAUAGAGCUCGUGAAGCGCUGCGGCAUCCUAUUCAGAAAGAUCUGGAACCCGCGAGCCUUCAAGAACCACGUAUCACCCCACGAACUUUUGCAGGAGAUCUCGCUGAGAUCCAACAAGAAGUUCACCUUAACAAAUCAAUCCGACCCUGUUGAAUUCUUGUCAUGGUUUCUUAACAAUUUGCACCUAGGAUUAGGCGGAAGCAAGACGAAGCCAGGAAGUAGUAUUAUACAACGAAUAUUCCAGGGUAAACUCAAAGUUGAAUCGCAAGCUAUCACAGCUAAGGCAGAUGCCGGCGAUCGCUUGCGGUUCGAGGAGGCAGCAGAAGUGAAGACAGAUAUUAAUCGGUUCUUGCUCUUGACGCUCGAUCUACCCCCUGCGCCUCUAUUCCAAGACGAGCUAGAGCGCAAUAUCAUCCCUCAAGUCCCCUUAACGACCAUCCUGACCAAAUAUGACGGCAUGAAGGCACAAGAGCAUUUGGCGCAGAGGAAAAGAUACCGACUUAUGCACCCGUUACCACCAUACCUUACCUUUCACAUUAAACGCUUCUCUACGAAUAAAUUCGUGUCGGAGCGGAACCCGACGAUCGUUACGUUCGACGCACGUGUCGGUCUCGAUGUAUCGCCCUACGUAGAACCAAGCCCGGCGGAUCAUCCACCAGGAGAGCCGAUCUGGUACGAUCUAGUGGCGAACGUCACGCACGAGGCUGUUAGGGCAAAAGAGGACGUAGCCGACUCGGGAGAGGAACGGAAGACGUGGAAGGUCCAACUUAAAGAUAAAGGACGAGACGAAUGGGUGGUGUGUCAGGAUCUCUUCGUGGAGAAGACUCAGAAGGAACUGUUGUACCUUGGAGAGUCGUAUCUGCAGAUAUGGGAAAGGCGGCGAGAUCCGAAGGGCAAACGGAAAACGUGAGGGAUGAUUAUAAUAAUAUAGGGUAUUAUAUUUAGAUGGGCGAAAACACAACAAUAAAUAUAAUUAAAAUAAUUAUUUGCUCUUCCGUUGUCGGUAUUACUCCACUCGGUGAUUACUCCACUCGGUGAAGCUAUUAGUAGUCAUUCUUUUUCAC